AUGGAAACAACUUCAACUUCAACGAGAACCAACAGCAACAACACGGCUUUCUCUUUAAUCUCACGAGGGUGGAAAGAAGUCCGUGACUCCGCUGGCGCGGAUCUUCAACUCAUGAGAGCACGAGCCAACUCAUUCAAGAAUUUAGCUAACUCAUUCGAUCGCGAAAUCGAAAACUUCUUUAAUUCAGCUUCAAUUGCAUCUUUCUCUGUACCUUCACCGCUCAAAUCCUCUUAUUCACCUACAGAAAUCGAUUUUGUGAAGAAGUUGCAGCCAAAAUUUUCCGAAAUUCGGAGAGUUUAUUCGGCGCCUGAGAUAAGUAAGAAGGUUUUAGAGAAGUGGGGACCAAGAGCGAAGUUAGGGAUUGAUUUGUCGGCUAUAAAGAAUGCAAUUGUCGCGGAGGUUGAGGAGAACAGGGGUGGGGUUGUGGGGUUUGAUAGGAGGAGGAAAUUGGGGUUUAGGGAGUUCUGGGGAGAGGGGAAGGAGGAAGGAGGAGGGCAAUUUGGGGAAUGGGAGCCAAUACGGGUUUUGAAAAGGAGGUUGCGGGAACUGGAGAAGAAAAGUGAGUUCGGUGAGAUAUUUGGUGUGUUUAAGAAUAUUGAGUUUGUGGAGAAACUGAAGUCUAGCUUGAAAGCAAUCCGCAAGGAGCCUCAGGAGUCAAUGGAAGUACCACCACUGGAUGUCCCUGAACUUUUGGCACAUUUGGUCAGGCAAUCUGAGCCAUUCUUGGAUCAACUUGGUGUUAGAAGAGAUGUUUGUGACAAGAUAGUGGAGAGCUUGUGUAGCAAUCGCAAGAACCAACUUUUGUUGCCCUCACUGUCUUCAGGAGAAUCGACCCUCCUUGAUGGGAGUGCAAAUGAUGAACUGGAUGUAAGAAUAGCCAGUGUUCUUCAAAGUACAGGGCAUUGUUAUGAUGGAGGCUUUUGGACUGACUUAUCGAAGCAUCACCCAUCUGAUGGGAAGAGGCAUGUUGCAAUUGUCACAACUGCUAGCCUUCCAUGGAUGACUGGAACAGCUGUGAAUCCACUUUUUCGAGCAGCAUAUUUAGCGAAGUCUGAAAAGCAAAAUGUUACUCUGCUGGUUCCAUGGCUUUGUAAGUCAGAUCAAGAGUUAGUUUAUCCCAACAAUCUCACUUUUACUUCACCAGAAGAGCAGGAGAAUUAUAUACGCAACUGGCUUGAGGAAAGGAUUGGCUUUAAAGCCGAUUUUAAGAUCUCCUUUUAUCCCGGAAAGUUUGCAAAAGAAAGGAGAAGCAUAAUACCCGCUGGAGAUACUUCCCAGUUCAUUCCAUCAAAGGAUGCUGACAUUGCCAUCCUAGAAGAGCCAGAACACCUGAAUUGGUAUCACCAUGGAAAGCGCUGGACUGAUAAGUUCAAUCAUGUUGUUGGUGUUGUACACACAAAUUAUCUAGAAUACAUUAAGAGGGAGAAGAAUGGGGCUCUCCAAGCUUUCUUUGUCAAACACAUAAACAACUUGGUCGCACGAGCAUACUGCCACAAGGUUCUUCGCCUUUCUGGUGCCACCCAACAUUUACCGAAGUCUGUCAUUUGCAAUGUUCAUGGUGUGAAUCCAAAGUUUUUGAAAAUUGGGGAAAAAGUUGCAGCUGAAAGGGAACUUGGGCAGCAAGCCUUCUCAAAAGGAGCAUAUUUUUUAGGCAAGAUGGUAUGGGCUAAGGGAUACAAGGAGUUAAUAGAUUUGUUGGCAAAGCACAAGUAUGAUCUGGAUGGCUUCAAGUUAGAUGUUUUCGGAAAUGGAGAGGAUGCAAAUGAAGUUCGGAGUACAGCCAAAAGAUUGGAUUUGAAUCUGAACUUUCUGAAAGGAAGAGACCAUGCAGAUGAUUCUCUUCAUGGGUACAAAAUUUUCAUAAAUCCUAGUGUCAGUGAUGUACUCUGCACAGCCACUGCUGAGGCACUUGCAAUGGGGAAAUUUGUCGUAUGUGCAGACCACCCAUCAAAUGAGUACUUCAGGUCAUUUCCCAACUGUUUGACUUACAAGACGUCUGAGGACUUUGUUGCAAGAGUUAAGGAAGCAUUAGCAAAUGAACCUCAGCCUCUUACUCCAGAGCAAAGAUAUAACCUCUCAUGGGAAGCUGCCACCCAGAGAUUUAUGCAGUAUUCGGAGCUGGAUAGAGUGUUGGAUUCUGAAAAAGAUGAUGUAAAAUUGAGCAAUACUAAUGGGAGGAGCAUCACAAAAGCAGUUUCAAUGCCUAAUCUGUCUGAGAUGGUUGAUGGAGGGUUGGCGUUUGCCCACUACUGCUUCACGGGGAAUGAGUUUCUUAGACUCUGUACUGGAGCCAUACCUGGGACACGGGACUAUGACAAGCAGCAUUGUAAAGACCUCCAUCUCAUGCCUCCACAAGUAGAAAAUCCAAUCUAUGGGUGUUUUGACAUCAAGCAGCAGUCCGUGCCAUCUGUUUUCUUGAGCAUUUUGAGGGGAUUCGCUUGUCGAAUGCAUGGAGACUCCAGGUUGAUUGACCCUAAGCUUCUCAUGUUCAUCAUCAUAAAAACUGAAAACCCUGAUGCGCAGAGGAAUGUUCAGCAUUCCAAUGUGGCUCAAAUUGGGAUUGCGGCCACUAUUGUUGUUUCACUUAUAUGA